UUCAACUAGAGCGCUGACUGGCAUCGUCUAAAUCAGCCUUGAGCAUCCACCUGUUGUUGUAAUAUCUCACGACUCAUCACCGUUAAAAUCAAAACAAUGCGAAUAACAACCUUGAUUGGAAAAAUCGCAGCAUUGUUUUGAUGACUUAAUUUGGCCUGAAAUAGAGAAAAACAAUUAGCAGAAGCAAUUUGUGGCAUUGGUGUAAACUGGGUCAAUUUUCAUAUCGAAUCAGGUCCUAAUUCUAAGCUUUCCUGAAGUGACACAAUCUAAAGUAUACGAUAGAGUGGUGCUGCGAAAAAAUGGGGAUCAAUCAAAGCAAAUAGUUUACAAUUCACAUAUCGUAAUUUUUCGAACCGGAUGCAGAAUGUUGCUUGAAAUUAUGCUUUACCUACGCUCGCUCAGAAUGUUUUUGAACAGCGAUAGCAGCCCACGGAAAACGAUAAAUUCGAUAUUUUGGUUGUGCUGUUUACUAACAGUAAUGUUUUUCUACUUCAAAAGAAGCUUGGAGCUGGUCCUCCGACGUGGUCGCAUCCGGACGUUGAAACAUUCCCAAACCAUCCAACUUGCGUGGAACAUUUGCUUUUACGCAGCUGCCACAGUAUUCCUCGGACUAUAUCACAAGCUAUUGAUACGCCCAGAAAUCCGCAACCAGAGUAGUAAGUACUUCCCGCAGUACAAUAACACAAUCUUCCUGACUGCAUGCGAUUCGGUCAAGUUCGAGAUUGUAACUAUGGUGCUGGUGGCAUUUGAUAUAAUCGGAACCAUGGUCCGCAUGAGAAAUCAUGACUAUUCGGAAGCAAUUUCGAAAUCCUUCUACGCUUCACUUCUGCUUUGUUGCUUCAUGUUACGGUUGGAAAACUACAGCGUUCUUCUCAAUAUCUAUCUGGGCGUAUACAACGUUUUCCAAGAAACACUUCUCCUACUUUCGUUACAUACUAGUAAAAAGUGUGAUACUACAUUAAGGCUAUAUGUGAUACUUAAUUUUAGCUCGUGGUCUUACCUCUUCCUCAAUAUACUACCAUUCGAGUUCCUCAUUCCCACGCUGUAUGCCAAUAGUAAAGAGCUUCAUCUUUAUUUGAAUGUAAUUUUUUGGUUGUGGUAUUGUUCAUGCAUUUGGAACUCGCCAAUCCUCAAAUUGCUCUAUCAUAAAAUCUACCAUCUGCAUCCGUACGAUUGCAUAGGAGGGGAAUCUUCGGUACGAUGCAUACUUCUGAACGAUAACCGAAGGUUUCGUCACUAUCGAAAUCUGGAACGAGCAUAUCUUGAGUUGAAGCUCUAUCACGAUAAAAGCAAAAUCGUCGGUACAAGACAUGGAGGGACCGAGAACUCGUCAGCAAAGGCCUUCCAGACUAUAAAAUGCGUUCUUGCACUCAAAAGAAAGUUGAAACGGAUGCGUGAGAAUCGAGAUCAACUCUCCGUGGAUUAAUGCCGUGCAAAUGAUCUCAUAUACGAAACGAAACAAGCCUUGUAGUGCAAAUGCAAAAAAAAAUCUCCGUAAAGCACUCGCACAUAACCUCAAUGCAAAGCCGAAAUUAAGAUAAAUAAGAUAUAGUGAAAACAAACACAUAUGGAGGCUGAGUAAAUAAAUUUUAAA